CCUCAAUCCAUUUUGACCAUAUGCAGCGAAUAACCAAUCUCGUCGAAAAAAGAAUGCCCACAGCGAACAACUACGGUUCGGGGUACCCUAAUACAUAUCCAAAUGCUCCACCUGCCUACUCGCAGCCUUCCGGGUCCUAUGAUAACCAAAGCUCCGGCAACUAUACAUCCAAUGUGACCUCUCAACAUGGGAAACCCCAUACUUACCCAGAUUCACAACAAGAAUAUCGUCAGCCAUCCCCACAACCACCACGUAUGAUGCAACAGCCGCAGUAUUCUAAUUUUGCUAACACAAGUCGAGCCAUUAUGUCCAAUCUCCCACUUCGACAGGGUGGUUUGUUGGACGCCCUAUUGAACAGUCCCGGCCAACAACAGCGCAGACCUCUAGACCCACCUCCAGAAUGUUUUUCUCGAGCACCACAGUACUACCAACAGCCAAGUCCUUUUUCCCCUGUUCAAAUCCCUUGCGCUGGACCUCGUCUCGAUGCUGGUUUCCCCAUGAUGUACCCGAGUUAUGCUCUUAGCUCACAUGACGUACCUGAAGAAGAUUGGAUUCGCUUUAUUCAAGAUAUAGCUAUAUCCGCUCGUUAUGGCACUGGACAGAACAUACAAACCAGUGGCAUUCAAGGAGGCUUUAGUGGUCGCCGAGGUUUGGCUGGCAUGAUGGGAGCCCAAAACGGUACUCCUGGUGGAAGCACAAGACAAGCUGCCAGUUUGGUUGAUGUUUGGAAUAACUAUUUUUUCAACCAACGAGGCGUUAAUAUGACUUUAAUGCAUGGGCCAUUCCCUAUCACUGGACCAAAUUCGUACCAAGGACUUGAGACUAUAUCCGACGACGAAGACAACGGUGAAGAAAGUCUCAAGGACUAUGCUCUUGGGGCGCUUAUCGAUGUGAAAGAACGUAGAAGACAGAAGAAUCUGAAAAAGCAAAUGAAGCAAGAUAAGAAGGACCAGCGUAAAAACCCUGGUGCUUUCAUGAGAACGCAACAACCCUUUUUCCUUCUGAUUGAAUAUCGACAAUUUUAAACAGAGAAUUUUAUCUCGGAUCACACAUCCUGUACUUUUUAGAUUUCCAUCACUGCUUUAUAGAACACGCGUAUAUUAGUCCACCUUACCAAGAACUUUCGUUUCAACUACUUCUUCAAUACAAACCACUUUUUGUUCAGGCAGUAUGGCGC